ACCUUUAUCGAGUGUCUUUUCGAGUUUAAUUUUAAAGUUAAACCUACGCAACCAAUACUAGUAUAAGAGUAGUGGUCAGGCUUUGUCUAUUUUUGUAUUGAGAACAAGAGCGAAAAAAUGCAUUUUUAUUAGUGGUAAUCUCGAACAGUGACGUUAAAGUACAUUCCAAUGACAUACCCUAAGACACAGCUACAGACAACAGUAUACAAAUAUCUGCCGCUGCAUAGGGUUGAGAUUUUCAGACCUUUCUGGUGUACUGCUUGGCAGGCGAAUGCCAAGCAUGUAAAUGCUAUUUAAGAAAAAAACUCUUGAUAUGUUUCUUAGCUUGUUUCAGUUUAUUAAAAUGAAGUAAAGCCACUAGGAGUGUGUUUAUCCACCCGCCCCGGAUGGGAUGGGUGAAAAGAGGCAGUGAGAGAAAAUGUCUUCCACAAGAACACUGAAUAACCCGGCGAAGAAUUCUAAUGGCUGCACUGGUUUUAUUCCUUAGGUGUUCUAUAUAAUCAGUUUCUCUCGCAAGCAGACUUUGAAACAUUAAAGAAGUAUGCCGAGGAUCUUGGUGUUCUAAUGUGGGCCAAUUCGUCAAAGAGAGUUAUUGUCGUCAGCCGCUCAGGCCAUGACGAUGUUAAACGGUUUUGGAAAAGACAGAAACAAAACACGUGACACACGCUGCUAGUCCCAGACUCGACCAUUUCCACGUGACGAGCACGUAAACUACGACAAACACACAGGAUCUAACACUUGCGAGUUUGCGGGUUUGGCACUUUGGAUAGAAGUCAAAGAGAACUGACUCGUGACACCGAAAUGAACAGAUGAGGCGGUUUACGGACAAAUCAUUCUACGCUUUCUAACACCCUCAUGCCAAAAAAGGAGAUAUAUUUUAUAUUUAUUUUGUAUCAUAUUAGUAACGCCGUUAAAAGUUGUACAUACUUGUGACCUUAUAAAGUGCGUUAACCGUAACUACGUGGUGGUCCAAAUUAAAAUGAAAAGGAAAUUGCGCACUCAGUGUUCUUAUAGGGCAUUUAGGAUCACGUGGAGGUUUUUAAGUAAGCCGUCCUCGUACGAAAAUACUCUUUCAAAUUUUUAUUUAUUUACCAUAGUUUCCACUUCUGGAGGAAAAACUCUUCAAGUUCCGUAGCAGAGAGAGGGCGUUAUGAACAAACCGAGAUACGUGCAGUGUUUUCGUGUCGCUCUGCGUGGGUCCUACAUAGGGUCUACCUUUUGUCUUUUUGCUGAAAAAGAAAUCUUCAAUCACAAUAUCCUAACAGCAUUGAGUCCUGUAAGGAACUCGUGUGUCACGAUUUGGAGUACGAUGGGGAUCAAAGUUAUUGUCCUUUUUACAAUGUGGCAUUUUUCGCCUUGCUCUCGGCGUAGUCUGACCUGCUCUUGCAAUAUAUAUAUAUUUUUUUUACCAGAAUCGUUCAGUUGUGGGACUGUAGCUUGCCACCAAUCGAUAUCAAUCGAUAUCUGUUAACUAAUCAGUUCAUCUAUUGGUUUUGCAAGUUGAUGGAUAGAGAGCACUUUCAUCCUUGAACAGCGAUCAGUUCCCUCAUCCGGUCGGCGCGGGUCUUUUGUCAUACGAUUCUUAAAAUGGAGUCUGUAAAAACAAGAAAAAAGAUCAUUCAAGAAUUAGAAGAAUAAGACUGGCUUAUGAAUCUGUGUAGGUCUAAUCAGAUUACUUGUGGUAGCGUAUUAAAAAUCGCGAAAGCAUGAAGUAUCUGUACGGAAGUCUCUACUGUAAAAAAUGGUAAAUCAUCCCUGGUGAAUCGUAUCCGCAUUGGUUUGUAAAAGUUGUCUCAGUGAUAACUUUUGACGAUCCACUGAUCUGUGACACUGCAUUCCUUGCCAAUAAAUCUGCAAACACAAGGUAUAUAGAGAAGCAACAAAGUUCAGUGAUCUAAGUCAAACAAUAUGAUGUCCUGUUUGCGGUUGCACGAUAUCCCAAGACAGGAAAUACCGAUAUUUAGCCUUAGCCAAUGAGUCUGCACGUCUCGUCGCGUCUCUCUUUCAUAUGUAAGCUUAUGUACAGAGUCACCAUUUAAGCAUUUCAAAACAAGUAACCUCUCAUAUCCGGAUCGAAAACCGGAAGAACAAAACAUACCAGAAAAGAAAUAUUACAGAGAAUCUAAACAGAGAUUGUUUCGUAAAAAAAACAAACUUUGAAUGUUCCAAAUGCUUUUUUAAUGCUAUUAAAAUAGUCGAAGGUUUGGGAUUUUAAAAUCAUGUAAAAUGCGAUUUGCGUUAAAGACAUACUUGAGGUCAAACUGCGGACCGCGUGUUCUUUUUGCUGUCGAGGAAGAAGUUCGUAAAAGAACUGCCUCGAAAAACUACGUAGUAGAAAACUUAUUAAAUGCAGAAUUCGCAAAAAUUGAAAGUAGGUAAUUAACUUUAAUUACGGUGUGACACGCUCUAGCAAAUGGCACAAAAUGAGUGGGAUUCACUCUUAAUCGAUUUUGUAUCGGAGCAAUCCCAUUUGUUUCGAAUCCUCUUCGAAGCUGUUAGCUCGUUUUUAAUUAGUAUUUGAUUGUUAUGCGGUUGACAUAGCCUUUCGGUGUUGUAAUUAACUUUUCAAAAGGAGUGGUGUCAUAACUUCACGUACCGAAUAUGAAAGCGCAAAAUGAAAGACAUUUCUUGUCAGAAACGACACAAAGAGCUCUCGCUUUCAACAACUUAUUUUAGCACGGUUGACGGACCUAUAUUUCAGCUAAAAAUGGCUUUAGUUUAGAUGCUCUUUUACAUUUCAUUGUAUCAACUUCUUUCAAAAAACUACGUGAUUCCUGUGUAACUAAAAAAAACUUCCUUUAUCUCAAUUUUCAAAGAAACCCACAGCCCUUUGUUUGUUUUCAGAUCGGGUAAUUUACUAAAAUUAGCCACUAACGAGCGCGCUAUUGUUCCACUUGUCACCUCAAAAGCCUCGAUUGCGCGUGGACUGUGUUAUGAAUUUUUCACCCGGUUAAGAUGUCCGCCUCACCAAUGGAUGCGAGACAGAUUGGAAGACACGUUUUUCUCUUCUCGAAGCAAAACAGCUGUGAGGGAUCUCCUACAAUUAUUGCCAAACCUGUGGAUAUCACACAGGAUUUACCGAGGGAAUUUCUUCGCUACUUAAAAACGUUGUUCGACAUUCUCGAUGAGAAAGGAACUGGCUUCGUAAAGCUCACGGACAUAGAGUCACGGUGGAAAACCAAACAUGGUUCGAAUGGUCUCAGCGAGGGAGUGAUUGAAAAUUUGCGUAAAGUUACACCGAAGAAUGGCCUUCUUAGCUUCGAAAGGUUGUGCACGGGUAUGAAACUGGCCCUGAAAACGCAGCCACGCGCUCAAACAAAUGGAAUCAACGGAACAACAAACGGCCUUGAUCACUCAAGCAAACGGUCAAACUCACUGCCGCAGCUGGACACAACCUCAAAAGAUUGGACUUCCGACUCCAGCGAGGACUCGUUUGCGGGCAUUGAAAGGAGGAAUAAAGUUCAGAUAAUAAAAAAAUUACGAGAUUGGAAGGAUGACAGUCAAGGAAAGCGACGCUCGCAGAGUUUUAAUACGAUUGCAAACAGUUCAACAGGCGGGAACGACAGCCCGAGCUCCGGAAGUGCGAGUCCAUCAUCUGGGAAUGGAAGUCCAAUAGGAAGGUCAAACUCAACUACAAAAGUCUACUUUGUUGGUAAAGAAGUCAGCCCUAUUGUGCAGACAAAUGGAAAUGGGCAUUCAAGGCACUCCCCAGCUCCUUCUGAAUCUAACAAAUUUGAUAAGGAUGUACGGUUACAAGAGUUGGAUGAAGAGCAUGGUCUCUUACAGAGUGGCCUUCAGGUUAUAGAAAAAGCAAGAAAAUGGUAUUUCAAACGAAUCACAACCAUUCAGGAAGAAAAGUUGCAUCUUCAAAGUGAAGAUCAGUACUCUCUUGAACAGUUUCAAUAUGAGCUACUGCUGCAUAAAACAAGAAGAAAAGAACUUGGUUUGGAUGAAGACUCGUUCAAGGAACACAGACAGUAUAUUAAAAGUAUCAAUGACUGUUUAGGAAAGAUCAUCGAAGGAAAAUUGCCAGAAAAGGAGUCCUUAAGUACUAAAACAGAAGCUGACGUUGCACGAAGAAGGCUUCAGGAGGAAAUAGAACUUCUAAGAAAGGAGGUUUCUGACAAGGGCAACAAAAUUGCUCAGCUGGAAAGUGAGAAGUCUGCUCUCAUUCGGGACUUGUUUAACAACAAGGCAUCAUCAGGGAAAAAUGGUGUGACAACAAAGAAAUCAAAUAAGAUCUUCUGAUUGGGUAUCAGACCAGGAUAGUUUGAUGAUGUGAAGGCAAAUUGUGGCCAAUGAUGGCUAACAUCAUGAGCAAAGAUCUCUUCCAGCAUAGGGAGUGAUCAGCUCUCCUCGCAGUAGCUGCCCAAGGUUGAUAUGACGCAUUGACAAACCUUAUGGGACUGGUGUUUGGAGAUCCUGCUAUGGACAGAGAGCUACUUGCUGUAUUUAAUUAUAAAGAGGACAGUGUGUUGUAUGAAGAUGCUAUCGUACAAUUUUAUAUUUAACAGAUUCAAAACUCAAACUAUAUGAUCGGCUGAAAUGAAAUAGUUGCGGUCGGCUUUGCUUCCACCCUCUGUUUCCAUUAUGGAGACCAAUUUAUGUGAAAAAAUUCGAACAAUUUUUCUGGCUGCCUGAAGUAGUAAAUGUUACAUCGGUGGAUCGAUUUACAUUUUGUACAUUUUUUGCAAACCAAACUUGCUCUGUUCACCGGGCUGCAUUAUUCGACAUAUGAAGCGCGCUUGCACUUGCAUGUCUCAAUCGUAUUUUCUUGAGGACAGGUUGCCAUGGACAUUUCUGAGCAGUGACCGCUUUCAAAUUUUGCUUGUGAGCACUUUCAAAGCAGGGACCACUUUUCAAGGUCACGACAGUUUUAGUGUUUUCUAAUGCAGUUAUGCAGAGUAACUGCACGAAACAGAGGAUGAUCUAAACAGUUCAUCGCUUGCUAAAUUAUAGAUGUAUAUUUUGGGGGGUAUGUAAUCUCGCCGUCGUCAAAUAUUGUUUUUAUAUUGUCAUAAUCAAUUUAUACAAGAGAAAAAAUAUUGUAAAAUAUUAACGCCAGAAUACAAUUUUCAAUCAGACAAAAAUAAUUAUUAUACGAUUUCGUAGACUUUAUAGUAUGAUAUAGCUCACUCAAUCACUCAUUCACAAAUUAUGAACAUGGAUUUCUCUAGAUGGUGUACAUACAUAGACAUUUUGAUGAAAAAAAUUAUAGUUUAUUGGUGAUUACAA